GUCACCUUUGUGUCUCUUUCAUUGUUUUGAAAUUACACUUGUCUUUCACUUUUCUUUCAUUUUUCAUAUAAAAUGGCUUCACCUUACCUUUGGACUCCUUCUCUUGAACCAAGAACUGUUAUAAAUUCCUCUAGAGAGGUCAUGAUAAAUGAGGCUGUUGCUUUAGAUAAAGAAGAAGAAGAUUAUGAAGCUCAGUUACAUGCGAUAAAGUUAAAAAAUAGAAGAGCUCCUAUCAUUGGAGUAUAUAAAAUGAGGCCAAAUGAAUAUUUGGAUGACGAUCUACCAUUAAUUCCGGAAGAUGAUGAUGAUUCUGAAUAUGAUGAAGUCGAUGAUGAUGAUGAUGAAGAUGAUGAUGAAGAAGAAGAGGAUCUUGAUGAAGAUCUUGAAGAAUUAGAUGAGGAAGGUGAUGAUGAAGCUGAGGAAGGUGAAGAAUCUGAUUAUCAUUAUCCGAAUGAUGUUUCUACUCCAAUUUUAACUUCAUCAUCAGCUCCAGAAGAACCAGAAUUUUUAGCUUCAACAGAAAUAUUACCUCCUACUUCUCCAAAUGGUGAUUCUUCUAUGAAUAUAAGUAUGAAUAUUUCUGAACGUGAAGAAUUUAUUGCAAUAGAUAAUGAAAUUUAUGUAAAUGGAUCAAAUACUCAUGAAGAACCUAGUUUUAAUAUGGAAGAAUAAAUUCAUCAUGUAAGUUAUGUAUAGUUGAAAAAAUAUAUUUAUUUAUUUGUUUUUUUUUUUUCCUCAAUAUUUAUUACGUUCAUUUAAUAAAGAAGCAUAAUUGU